AUGGCUGAGGAUCGCAGCUUGGCGGUGCGUGCCGUUGCCGUGGUCUUCCUGGUUCUAGCAACCGUCACUACUGCCCUGCGUUGCUAUGUACGGUUCAGGAUUGUCAAGGCGUUCGGGUGGGAUGAUGGCUUCAUGGUGUUGGCCCUGUUGUUCUUUGGGAUGUUCUGCGGCUGUAUGUACGAGGGGGGUGUCUGGGGCACUGGCAAACACUUGACGCAGCUCACCAACCACCAAAGAACGACUGCUAUGGAGUACUGGUUCUAUUGCGAUAUCGGUUACGCCAUUGCUUCGAUUCUCUGCAAGAUCUCCGUCAGCAUUUUCAUCCUCCGCAUUACCAUUGAUCGGAUGCACCGGAUCGUUAUCGGAAUCGUCGUCGCUCUUGUCAUCGCGGCCGGCCUCGCUUUUUUCAUCCUUCUGCUUGUCCAGUGUCAUCCGCUCUCCUAUUUCUGGAUGCGUUUGUCGACGGAGGAAUACGGAAAGGGGACUUGCAUCAACAUUAAUAUUGUGAUGGGUUCGCUGUACAUUUUCAGUGCCACCUCGGCUCUGUUUGAUCUGACAAUCGCUGUUCUCCCAAUCCUGCUUGUUCGGAAGUUGAAGAUGCAUCGUGACGUGAAGAUAGCGGUGGCUGGACUGCUCAGCAUGGCCUGCGUUGCCUCUAUUGCCGUCAUCGUGCGCAUUCCGUACAUUCCCACCCUUCGCAGCGAGGACUUUCUUUACGCAACAACCCCCAUCGCCAUCUGGUCGAACAUCGAGACCGGCCUCGGUAUUUUCGCCGGCAGCAUGGCUACCCUGCGCCCUCUCCUCCGCAAAUUCCGCCCUUCGACCUCCCACAAUACAUGGCCUAGUUCCUCCCGUGGCAAACGCAGCAGGUCGAUGCCGUUGCAGUCGGUCGAGACCCCCCGGGACGAUUCGGACCGCAUCCCCUUGGAUGAUCGUUUGUACGGCACCACCUUUUUCACCGUCGAGACAGGUAAUGAUCGGUAUUCUUCCACAGGGCAGGACCAGGUCCCGAUUCUGCCCAAGCAGACGUACAUGCCGCAGAUUAGUGUGAAGCAGGAGGUGCAUGUGACGACGGUUUAG